GUGACUCGGAAGUGAACGUUGCCAUUUCUAAAGUUCUUUAAUGUCGUGUUUUUGUUUUCUUGAAGCUGUAGGUAGUGACUGAUCCCUAAACAGAUCUAUUUGUCAGUGUUUGUUGGGAAACUGUGCCGCUAGUUGACUGUUAUUGUUGUAGUGUACGCCUGCUUGUGUUUCUGUGUCCCGGGGAUUUUGUGGGUUUGUUAAUUCUACCGAUUUUACCACAUGAGCGUGUCACUUGUAGUUAUCCGUCUGGAGCUCGCGGACCAGUCGCCCAUGCCACAGGGCUUUUAUUACUCCGCCGAUGAGGACAUGGCUGAAGAAGAAAUGCAAGACAAGGCCUUGGCCAGUGCUCGGGUGGCCCUAGGGAACAAGACAGAGCUAGAGAAGGCUGCAAUUCUUCACCAGCACAUCGGGAGCCGGAACAUGUCAGACAUGGUGAUUGAGACUCUCGUAGCGAGUUCAGAUAUACCUGAUGAAAGCUGCAGCAGCAAAACAGAGGAGAUCGAUGCCACCAAAGUGCCAGAUUCACCCUCCAAACAGCUUCCAGAUCAGAUCUCUUUCUUCAGUGGCAACCCAUCUGUGGAGAUUAUUCAUGGCAUCAUGCACCUCUAUAAAACAAACAAGAUGACUUCGCUGAAGGAAGAUGUGAGGCGCAGCGCCAUGCUGUGCGUGCUCACUGUACCAACAACAAUGACCAGCCAUGAUCUCAUGAAGUUUGUGGCACCCUUUAAUGAAGUUAUGGAGCACAUGAAGAUUAUCCGUGACUCGACGCCCAACCAGUACAUGGUGCUGAUUAAGUUCGCCACUCAGGCUGAUGCUGACAGCUUCUAUAUAAACUGUAACGGCCGGCAGUUCAACUCCAUCGAGGAUGCCGUGUGCCAGCUGGUCUAUGUGCAGAGGGCCGAAAUGAUCAAGUCUGAAGAGGGGGCCAGUUUACCCGUGAUGGACCUGACCGAGCUGCCUAAAUGCACGGUCUGUCUGGAGCGCAUGGACGAGUCAGUAAACGGUGUACUCACCACCUUGUGUAACCACAGCUUCCACAGCCAAUGUCUGCAGCGCUGGGAGGAUGCCUCAUGCCCUGUGUGCAGGUUCUGUCAGACCCCCGAGCCUGUGGAGGAGAAUAAAUGCUUUGAGUGUGGUGUGCAAGAGAACUUGUGGAUCUGCCUGAUUUGCGGCCACAUCGGGUGCGGCCGUUAUGUUAGUCGCCAUGCCUACAAGCACUUUGAGGAAACGCAGCACACCUACGCCAUGCAGCUAACAAACCACAGAGUGUGGGAUUAUGCAGGAGACAACUAUGUGCAUCGGCUGGUGGCCAGCAAGACGGAUGGCAAAAUUGUGCAGUACGAGAGCGAGGGUGUCUCCUGUCAGGAAGAAAAGAUCGAUGCACUACAGCUUGAGUAUUCCUAUUUGCUAACCAGCCAACUGGAAUCACAACGCAUCUACUGGGAAAAUAAAAUUGUUCAUCUAGAAAAAGAAACGGCUGAAGAGAUCAACAAUAUGAAAGCCAAAUUCAAGGAGACGAUUGAGAAGUGUGAUAACUUGGAGCGCAGAAUGAACGAAUUAACCAAAGAGAAACAGACCAUGGAGAAAAAAUGUUCUCAGCUGAACAACAAGGUGGCCAAGCUGGGCCAGGAGCUGCGGGAAGAGCAGGAGAUGAACCGAUGCCUGCGAUCCAAUCAGCAGCAGCUCCAGGCAAACCUACAGGAAGAACAGAGUCGGAGUAAGGAGGCGGCUGCUAUCAAGGAAGCCGAGAUCGCAGAGCUUCAGGAUCAACUACAUGACUUCAGGAUGCACCUUGAGACGCAGCAGCAGAUCCGCUGUCUGCCUGCUGAUAAACGGCAGGAGCUCCAGGAGGGCCAGCUCUCCGCACCCCCUGCAGCAUCCAGGCCAGGACCUUCCACACAAGGUUCAGGCAGGACUAGUUCAAGGAGAGGGCGUGGCAAGAGAGGGAAGUAGCCAGUCGGUGCAGUGGGCUAGGGUAAAUGAGGUGGUCUGUAAUGCGAGGCUUAGAAGAACUAAUUCUGUAUUUAGCACCUCUCAAUACAAGAUGGGAGGCAGGACAAAUGUGCACUAUUACAGUAACGUACGUAUCACACUAUAGAGCAACUUUAGAACAUCGUUAUUUGUUAAGCUUAUGUCUUACCUGUGGAUUAUCAACACCCUGAGAUGGCAAAUUUCCAAGUAUUAGAACUGUGCACAUCAGUGCAGGCUGCCUAAUGACGUGAGUAUUAUUCGAUCUUGUUUAAGUGCGCACUUCAAAAUUUUUGUGCCUGGAAACAACCAGUUUUUUUAUUUCUUAAAAACCCAAAAGUGAGAAGCUCUAUUUAAUUAUUUAGUCUACUAUAAGCUGGAAAAGAUAUUACACACAACAUUAGGACUGUUAGUUCAUAAAAGUGACACACACAAAAAAAAAAACCCCAGACAUUAUGCCACCCAACUGCAGUACAGCUCUACACAGAGACCCACGUAAUGUAAACAUUACUGAAAUAAUUCCUGAAAAUGUAGCCUCGCCCUAGAAAGAGCACAUACCCGACUAAACUGUACCGUUUUCUAGGGUCUACAACCUUUUUUUUUUCCUCCCACACCUUCAUUAUUUAUAAGAACACGAAUAGAUUUUAUUUAGAGAAGUUGAAAGUAGUACUGCAAUCAGUUGUUUCAUUUUUUUUUUCCCCCUCUUCAACACGUCUACAACUGGGAUUUCAGGACUAUUUCUUAUCUUAUUAGUUGCUGUUAAUGUUUUGUAUAUUAGUUCCCUUGUUUAUUGAAUUUGUCAAUAAAUAUUUCAUGUAUCAGGUGAAGCAACCCACUUCAGCCCAGGUACAUAACAGAA